AUGUUUCACAGUAGUUCUCAUAAAAAAUACUGGAUAUUUAGGAGUGAGGACGAACUCGAGCUGUUAAGAUGUGGAGCCAGUCAGAAGUUUCGCAAGAAAUUGUUGGAAACCGUCAAGCCUGUUAGUGAUUCCAUAUUCUUGACGCGCCACGAAGAGGACGUUUUAUUCAGAUACUACGAGAAGAGGCUGCUUGAAUUCUGCAAUGUUUUCAAGCCUGUCAUGCCUAAAUCUGUUGUGGGUACAGCCCUCAUGUACUUCAGAAGAUUCUACCUCAACAACUCUGUCAUGGAGCACCAUCCAAGAAUUAUUAUGCUGACAUGUGCAUACCUAUCGUGCAAAGUGGAUGAGUUCAAUGUCUCGAGCAGCCAAUUUGUGGCCAACCUUGUCCACGAGACACCUGCAGGACAAGAGAGGACAGCAGAGCAAAUCCUCGAGUAUGAGUUACUGCUGAUUCAACAACUGAACUUCCACCUGGUAGUCCACACCCCUUACAGACCAAUGGAGGGACUGCUCAUCGACCUGAAGACCAGAUAUCCUACACUGGAAAACCCAGAGUCUCUGAGGAAGAAUGUUGAUGACUUCCUAACACAGGCAUCUUUGACAGACAUAGGACUGCUCUUCACUCCAUCACAGAUCGCAUUAACUGCAAUUCUAAGCAGUGCAUCACGAGCUGGACUUAACAUGGAGAGUUACAUUACAGAAUGCCUGGGCUUGAAAGAGGACAAGCAGAACCUUUCAAAGAUGUAUGAUUCUAUGAAAAGAAUGAAGAUUCUAUUGAGGAAAUAUGAACUUUCAAAACCAGAAGAAGUGAACACAUACAAGCAGAAGCUUGAAAGGAUACAUGCUGAAUAUGUCACAAGCACAAGCAACAAACGGAAAAGAGGAUAUGAAGAAGACGGGCAUGUAUCAAAAGAACCACGGAUAAUUGAAGAGUUGUCUGAUGAAGACCUAAUGUGA